AUAAAAGUAAAUAAAAGUUUAAGACGUAUUCUUUAGGAUUAAAAUAAAGCCUAAUCUCUAUAAUAUUUUAUGAAUCAAUGAAAGCGAAGGUAAAUGUAUCAGUACCUCUGUGUCAAAAAUAAAAUGAAAAUUGAAUAAUAACAAAAAGUUUUGUGAGAAACAAAAUACUCUAUCACUAUGAAUUUGAAUAACAGUAGUCGGGAUAUAUACUAUGACGACAUACCCCCAGAAUCCCUGGACAAAGAUGAGUUUUUUUGCACGGAAAAAAUUGUGCCUCGAAAAAUUAAACCUCAGAAUAUCGUAAUGAGGUUGAUGGAACGGGAAAUAUUUGGUUCUCGAAAAGCUGGCUCACAUUUUCAUGUCGUGCGUGAAUUUUAUCAAAAUGUGUUUCCAAAUUUGACGAUAGUGAAUGUAGAAAAACCCCCAUGUUUCCUAAGAAAGUUUAGUCCCGAUGGAAAACAUUUUAUAGCAUUUUCAGCGGAUCAGACAUCAUUGGAGAUAUAUGAAUAUCAGGGAGCAUCAGCAGCGGGAGACCUUGUUGCCGGCUAUCCAUCUGACUUAAUUAAUGCUGAUGCAGAUGUACACCACACUAUUAGAUCACACAUAUUCUACAGAUUCUUCAAGCCAAAAUUUACAGUUAAUGUUUGCCAGAGAAUGGCAUCAAGGGCUGACCGUGUCGCUGGACAAAUGCCCUUUAUGGAGCAGCAGCUGAACAGGGAAUGUAGCUUGUUCACUGAAGAUGGCAAAUAUGUCAUAGUUGGCUCAGCCAUUCACAUACCAGAUGAUUUGAGGCCACAUUUCUACAAUAUACAUAGUAACAAUGAAGCAGUUACACCAACUAUCAGAUCUGCUCUUGAAGACUACUCACUACAUUUAGUUGAUCUGCAACGUGGCAAACUGUGUGAUACAAAACACUUUAGGACUGACAAAAUAUAUCUUUCGCACAAUCAAGGAAUCUAUCUUUACAAGGAAGUACUAGCUGUACUUUCAGUGCAACAUCAGACUAUACACUUGUUCCAAAUUGUGGAAGGAAUGUUGAUAGAGAUAAGGAAAAUAGGCAGGUUUUGCUAUGACGACGAUCCAUUCAUUGUGAGUUCAGUAUUUGCCCCAAUGAUGAAUGAAAGACCCUUUCAUGAGGAGACUAUAAAUAGUCUCAAACACAGGUUACUCGUGUUUCUUUUCAAAAGAGCAAAAGCUAUAAGCGAGGAGACAAAUGAUCCGUUGGAACUCAGAAAGUUCUACAAAUAUUUUGACAUGUUUAAAAGUUUGAGAAUGUGGAAAAUGCAAUUGCUAGAUGAAGAUCAUUUAUUCAUAAAGUAUGCUUCUGAAGAAGUUGUGACAUUGAGGGUGGCAGAACCUAACAGUCAAUCCUCCUUCUUUGUCAUUUACAACAUCAGUGAGAGUAAAGUUUUGGAGGUUUAUGAGAACACAUCUGAAGGACUUUUACAGCUAUUUGAGAACUAUUGCGACUGCUUUAGGAAUGCGAGACUGUGUGCAGACUCACAAUUUACUUGUUCACCUUCGAAUAAUCUUUACGCCAGAUUGACUCAACAGAGGUUUAAGCAAACUAUUGUUAGAGCUAUAUACGGCGGUCGAACGGAAGCGACGAAACGAAUUCUGGCACAAUUGCCCAUAAGUGCACAGUCGUACAGUGGCUCACCUUAUUUGGACUUAGGACUUUUUAGCUACGACGAUAAAUGGGUGUCUGUUAUGGAGAGGCCAAAAGCGUAUGGAGAGUAUCCUAUAAGGUUCUACGCGCGAGACUCUGGGCUUCUGAAGUUUAGAAUCUAUGCCGGAGUGCUCGGCCAAUCUCUACCGAUCAGCGCUAGAAGACUGGUCGCCUUCACAUUCCAUCCCACAGACCCAUUCGCGAUAAGUGUACAGCGAACUAACUCAGAAUACAUAGUAAACUUUCAUUUAAGAAACGCCGUUUUCAGUUGACGACCUCGAUGUAUAUCUUCAUGUAAUAUUAUUAUAUAAUAAAU